CGCGAGACCCCGCAGAGUUUCGGUCGCGGCAGCCGGGGAGGAUCCGUCUCGUGAGCCCCGCCUGGAGCCGCGCUUGCUUUCGCUUCCCCGCCUGUGGAUUAUUUGCCCGGUUCCGCUUUGCUCCGCCGGCCUGCUUUGCGGGAAGGCCGGAGCCGCGUCCCCGCUCUGCCCCGCGGGUGGACCGCAGCUCGCCCUCGACAUGACGCUGGAGGAGCUGGUGCCUUCUGACAGCGCGGCCCACGGGAUGGGCUCGGUGGGCGAGGCGCUGGAGCGGCUGCUGGCGGCGGCGCAGAGGCAGGGCUGCCUGACGGUGGGCGUCUACGAGGCCGCCAAGCUCAUGAACGCGGACCCGGACAGCGUGGUGCUUUGCCUGCUGGCGGCGGACGAGGCGGACGGGGAGGACAUCGCGCUGCAGAUCCACUUCACGCUCAUCCAGGCCUUCUGCUGCGCCAACGAAAUCCACAUCCUGCGCGCCUCCGGCUUGGAGCGCCUGGCGGCCGUACUGGGCGAGGAGCCCCCGGGCGGCGGCGCGGAGCCGCGGGACUUGCACUGCCUGCUGGUGACGAGCCCGCACACGGACGCCUGGGGCAGCCAGGGCUUGGCGGAGGUGGCCAGAUUCUGCCAGGAGAGCCGGUGCAACGACCAGUGGGUGCCCUACGUGGCUCUGCAGGCGCGCUGAGGCCCCGGCCGGGCUCUGGUGCGGAGCGUCACGUGUGCAGCAGUUGCGUCCGAAGGGAAGAAUGUCGGUUCUGUAAAAAUCACAAUAGCGCCUGACUAUCGGCGGGUGAUCCAGCGGAACAGCGCCAACAGAAGGUCUGGCUUGGCCCGGAGGAGGAGGAGGAGGAGGGCUGCGCUGCUGCUCCAUCAGCUGACUGCUUGGAAGGAGGAGGCGGCAGGAUGGCGGCUGUGGGACCGUGUGGGCGCCAGGCUCCCCGAGGGCGGAGACGCUGCUCUGCCAGAGUGCCAAGGGGGGCUGCCUGCCCAGGAGAGACGCUGCCUGAUCAGCUGGAAAGCCGAGUUGCUGGGAGGAGGUUAGGCCUUGGGGGGGAGUGGAGGGGGCCAGGCGUGCUCCUCUCCCAGGACUCUUCCCCAGGAGGAGGAGCAGCAGAGAGGAGGCAGCCCAAAGUCACCUCCGCUUGGGAGCUUGUGGGAAGAGGACGGAGCUCUCCAACCUUCAGCUGUGGAGGAUUGUUCUAGUUUUAAAAAAAUUCCUUCUACUGACUUUUAUUUAUCUUGGAAGAAGAUCUGCAUGUUUGUUUUCGACUUUUGUCCGAAGAUGAAAUUCUGAAGUUGCAGGAGCCAAAUGCAAAUUUAUUCUUGGAUUAAAAGAAUAAUAAACAUA